AUGAAAGUAACUUGGGUGGGAUGUCUUACCAGCCUUGCUGGCUCGUCCCUCGCGUAUGUGAUCUCUGACCAGGGGCAUUUCUCCAACCACAGAACCGAUCUUUUGGAUCAAGUCUUCGGCGAAGUCCUAGCAAGCCACGAUGGUUCAGGGGCGGCGGAAGUGCGCCAACGUAGCUUCAAUCUCGAUGAAGACGAGGACCCCGAAUUUAAGGCCAUGUGCGGAUUCUACCAAGAGCAUCCUGUUGAGUUUCCAGAUGAUGAUUUGAGCAAUGAUUUGGAACUUUUCGCAGGCAUUGUUAGCUUUGCGCAUGUUCCAAUUGAGCGGUGUUUCGGAUCUCGCACGGACGGCAAAUCACCUCUUUAUGACAUCGCAAUUGUUGGUGCUCCCUUUGACACCUCGGUGUCUUACCGGCCCGGAGCUAGGUUUGGCCCAAAUGCAGUAAGACAAGGCUCUCGCAGACUAGGCGGUGGAAUACUGCCUGUUAGAGGAUUUCCCGGAUCCAAACUGAGAAAGCUUGACCCUUACAAUGCAGGCUAUAAGAUUGUGGACUGCGGGGAUGUGCCUAUGACGCCUUAUGAUAACAGAAUCGCGCUAAAUCAGUUGUAUAGAGGGCAAAGGGCCAUCUACAACAAGACUACGCUGAAGAGUGACCUAAAAGCUCCUAAAGUGAUAACGCUUGGCGGGGACCACACUGUCACACUUAUGGCACUGAAGGCAGCUUCUGAGCAUAAUGGGCCUUUGGCGGUAGUCCAUUUUGAUUCUCACAUUGACACCUGGGACCCUAAGGUUCUGGGCGGCGGAAUUACAAAAACUCAAAGCAUCAAUCAUGGGACAUUCCUGCAUUUCGCUCACGAGCGAGGCUACAUUGCUCGUGACAAGUCCAUGCAUGUUGGUAUAAGAGCACCUUUCAUUGCGCCCACAGAUGACAAGCACGAUAGGGAGUGCGGAUUCCAAAAAAUUGUGGCCCGCGACUUUGACAUUCUAGGUUUCCAAGAGAUUGUAAGCCAGAUCAAGCAGCGCGUCGGGGACCUACCUGUUUACAUAACUGUUGACAUUGACGUGCUUGACCUUUCUGUGGCGCCAGGAACUGGAACACCAGAGCCUGGUGGACUCACAUCAAGAGAAUUGCUCACCGUUCUUGAUGGCUUGGAAGGUCUUAACGUCGUUGGAGCUGACGUUGUCGAAGUUAGCCCCGCGUUCGAUACAAACGGUGACAUUACGUCCAUCGUAGCAGCCCAAGUUAUCGACUCUAUACUAGGCCUGAUGACUGUGGGUUGA